AUGAUGGUGAAGAGUGGAGUUGCUGUGUUUUUCUUUCUUUUCUGUUUGGCUUUGACACAAAGCUUGGCUGCUGCUGAUGAUGCCAAAGCUCCAUCACCACCCUCCCCAGCCCACCCAGGGUUUUCAUGGUGGCACCCUGACCCUAAGCUUAUAAAGUGCAUGGGAGAUUACCGUGCUGCUGCCGGAACUUGUUACCAUGAGGUUUGCGUGUCGUUUUGGACCCGAAAAGUUGCCAUUCAAGAAGAUUGCUGCAAGGCCAUUGUACAGCUUGACGAAGAUUGUUCCUCAGCUGUGUUCAGCAGGUUCAACAACCCUUUCUUCCAGCUUUUGUUGAAGGAAUAUUGCUCAAACAAAGGAGAAGGAUCAUCACCGGCACCACCAAAGGCAACACCAGCUCCACCAAAAGCAUAA